GAGAGAGAGAGAGAGAGAGUCAGAGCAAACACAAGGAUAGCAGGCUUGACAUAUACAUAUUCGCAGUGAACAAACACAAAUCCUAAUGCCAGAGAGACGAAGCAACUGAGAGAAGAAGGUCAUCUCUAGAACAUUGAAAGAACGUCCUGUUUCUCAUUUGUCCUUGGUGAAUUGUCUCUGUAUAUAUUGUCACUUCACAGGUGGGUCGGACGUGUAGACCAAAACUCUCAGUGGAAGGCUGGAAAUGGGAAUUCAGGAGGUUCUGCUUUGAACUGACAGACAUACAUUUUGAUGCCACAUCACUGAAAGUUGACAGGAGACUGUAGCAUUCCUGAGGGUCACAAUGGAGAAACUCUCGGAGAAAGAGAAAGAGCUGAUCCGGGACAGUUGGGAGAGUCUGGGAAAGAACAAGGUGCCACAUGGAAUUGUACUGUUUACUAGGCUAUUUGAGUUGGACCCAGCACUGCUUGAUCUUUUUAGCUACAGCACAAACUGUGGGGUUCUACCUGAAUGCCUCUCUAGCCCAGAGUUCCUCGAGCAUGUCACCAAGGUAAUGUUGGUGAUUGAUGCUGCUGUGAGCCAUCUUGAUGAUCUAAAUACUUUGGAGGACUUCCUAUUAAACCUGGGCAGGAAACAUCAGGCAGUUGGAGUCAAGACCCAGUCUUUCACUUUGGUCGGAGAGUCUCUUCUCUAUAUGCUACAGUCCAGCCUUGGUCCAGCAUACACAGCACCUCUGCGCCAGGCCUGGCUCAAUAUGUAUGGCUUUGUGGUGUCCACCAUGACCAGAGGGUGGGCCAAAAAUGGAGAACACAAGUCCAACUGAGAAGGAGGUAGAUUUAGAUGUAAGAUUCACACUGACAAUAUGCUGAAACACCAUAUGUAAUAAAUUAUUGCUAUGGAGGUUGACCAGAUGUACAGUUACUUCACAAAAGUCUUUUGAAAGAUCUUGAUGGUUGAAGGGAACAUCUGUUCGGUCAAGUUGCGUUUGGCUACACGAGCAGUCCUAGUUUUGAUAGCUUGUUCUAACUGUAGUGUGAGAAUGCAUGAGGUGUCAGAGAUAACAACGCCUAUGAGGUUGAUGGGAAAAAUCCAGAACAUAGAUAGUUUAUGGUUGAAAUUUUAAAAGUUAAAUGGGCUUUGUACAUAUAGUCAUGACUAAAUGUAUUUCCUCAAACUAUCUUAAAUGACUGUCUAGAUGUGUAGAUGUUUCAUGUGAGCGUGCUCAACGCAGAGGUUUGACUAUGCACAGGAGUUUGGUCAUCUUAACAUUUUUUUAAAGAUGAUUUUUUUUCUGACACACCUCUUGGAAUAAAGAUAAGACCUUUACAAUAACAACAACAUUUUGAUCCUAUAAAUAAACCUGGUCUGACUUUCCAAACAUACCUGUGCACUGACAGGUUGAGGGUAAUGUUAAGGAAAUUACCUGAAUAUGGUUUAAACGCUACAUAUUCCAGGACCACUUAAGAUUGUUGUCUUUUUUGAAAGACAAAUAAAAAAUUGUAGCCAUAAUAAGUUACAGUUUUAUCUAAUCAUAAAAUGUAGGUUAACAAGACCAUUGUAGUUUUCUGGCGAUGAGAGUUAAUGACGAGAACUGUUACAUCCAAAAUAGCUUUUGGAGUUUUUCGACUGUUAAUUUGUCAAUCUGUGCCAUCAAGUUUACAUUUCCAUUGUAUGGGAUUUAUACAGCAUACUCAAAUGCUUACCAACAGACUUGUAUAGACUGUUAAAUACUCUUGUGUGGACUUAAUGUGACUGUUACAGUAUAUCAUUUUAGCUGGAUGAAUUAUUCACUUCAGAAUUGUAGAUAGUACAUUUUUUUAUGCCAAAUGGACAUGAGCUAAUUUUAAUGAUUAUUUUAUUUAAUGACCUCUUUGCGGUUUUGUCAGCAAUCAUUGUGAAUAAUAUUUGAGGAGCUCAGAUGCAAAAGACGCUAAACCUCAUCUCCGUCAGAAAUUGAUAUUUUGACAUCCCGGCGCGUAUUAUAUGUUUAUCAAAUACAUUUGCUUUAAAUCAGCCAACUUUUUAACAAAGUCCUCUAACUGCAUGAAGAUGAAUUGUCGCAAAACAAAUGUCGCAAAACUACCAUGGAUCACAUUCAAACUUGUAUCCGUUGUGAGUACUUCGACCUGAAUACAAGCGUGGUUCUUUUUUUUUCUUUUUUAGAUUCUGACUUCAUCAUUAGCAAUGUUUUUAGUUGCAUCUUUAGUUAUUUUGUUUACUAUCAACUGUUUACUAUGUCUUUUCCAAAGAAGUGGAAGUUUUUACCAAAAAAGCUUGCAUGCACUUAGAGUGUUUUGCAGCGGAAGACAGUCAAAUUUGUUAAAUACCAAUAUUGAAAUGACUAAAGUGACAUUUGUAAAAAAGAAUGCAUUUAAAUUACUGACUAAUAAUCUUUUCAUUGCCAUUAAAGUUAAAUUACUGAACAUAAACAUUAGAGCCAGAUAAAAAUGCUCAUUUACAAGAAAACAUGCCAGACACACUUAGGGGGUUUUGCAUCUGAACUCCUCAUUUCUAAAAAACAAAAAAAUAGUAUUAGUUGGCUUAUUAUUAUAACUAUGUCAGAACAGACUUUUAUUGUAUUACUUAAAGAGAUACAUUUGUCGUUAUUAUGAGCUAUAGAAAAAUGUUAAAAAGCGAUGAUAACCGUUUUGCUGCUAUCAUAUAUUAUUUCAGUAUCUUUGUAGAAAUAUGGUCCUCUUUGUACAAGAGAUAUUUCUACAUUUAAAUGGUUCUGUUCUGGCCAAGUACUCAAUAGGCAUAGGGGUAACUGUGUGUCAUGACUUUAAUAUGUAAAGUUUUAUGUUUCAUUUGAUCUGUUACUGUAUAUUACCUACUUUAGGUAUAAGCUAUAUAUUGUGUAUAUUUAGGUGUAUGUGGAUUAAUAUUUUUAUGUAGUGCUUAAUGGUGCACUAUAAUAUUUUUGUGUAAAACAUACUAUAUAUACUAGAAUUUGUUUAUCUCUUUUAAAGACUGUUCUUCAUGACAAUGUACCAUCUGAUGGCUUUCCAAUAACCUCUAAGAUGUCAGUCUUUAUCAAAUGAUGAUCUUAUUAGUAUUGAUACAACUUUUUACAAAGAUGCAAUGUGAAAAAUGUUCUUUUGUGCUAAUCUAUGUUUAUUGAGCGUUGAAGAAUUGUUCAUGUGCAGUGUUUGCCCCUGUGAUUUUCCUCUUGAUAUUCUGUGACUGAAGUGUCUCAAUGUCUACCUCACUGAAGCAGCUGCUACUAAACUGGAUGUUAUGACCUGACUCAGUAACCAAAAAAAGUGAUACGUCUAUUACACUGUACAUUCUGUUUUCUCAGCCGGUCACCAAUCCAACACGUAUCAGGAUAAGUCAAGGCUCUGUGUAAACGUAUUUAAAGCUUAUUUGUAAAAAAAUGACAUAAAUAAAGAGUGUC